AUGUCCAGAGAACAGGAGAAGCGGCUUAGUGAGUUCUAUCUCGCCUGUCGGUAUGAAAAUCUUGACAAAGUGAAAGAACUUCUACCUCAACUCUCCCUGUUCCAACUCAAUCGAUUCGAGCCGAACGGAAGUACAGCUCUGCAUGCAGCCGCAUUCUUCGAUCACGCCAACAUUGUUCAAACACUGAUGGUACACGGUGGUGUUCUGACAAUACUUCAAAAUAAUCACAAUCUAACGCCCGCAGAAGAAGCGAAUGAUGAGAUUCGACAAUUACUGCUCUCGCCCGAUGUAGUGCAACUUCGAAGUCAAUUCACUGAUACUACUGUUACAACUACAACGCUUUUUUCGCCCGUUAUGGGCAUCAAUAGUACGACGAGCGGAUCGUCAACGGCGAUAACGAGCGAAAUGGCUAGUGAGCGGCCAGAUUGGAUCGAUGCCUAUGACAAUGCUCAUCGUAUUGCUCUGGAAAACCAUGAAUAUAUGCAAAAAUGGCUGACGAAAAUUCCUCUUAUAAACAUUUUAAAGACGAUAAAAAAUGACUAUGUUGAUAAAAUGAAUACCAUAUUGACAGCAGACAAUUAA